UCCACUUUCACUUCAUAUAUUUUCUGUUUCUUUUACUUGUUCCUUUUGCACCCACAAAAAAUGUCUAUGCCACCUUCUUCCCCUCUAGUAUUCUCAGUGAGGCAUUGCGAGCCGGAGUUAAUUGUGCCUGCAGAACCAACACCUUAUGAGUUAAAGCAACUAUCAGACAUAGAUGACCAAGAAGGCCUUCGUUUUCAGAUUCCAUUUAUAAUGUUUUACUCAAACAGUAAUCCAUUGAUGGUUCAUAAAGACCCCAUGAAAGUCAUCAAAGCAGCUCUAGCUAAAGCACUAGUGUAUUAUUACCCUUUUGCAGGUAGGCUUAGGGAAGGACGUAACCGGAAACUUAUGGUGGAUUGCACCGGAGAAGGAAUCUUGUUCGUUGAAGCUGAUGCGGACAUCACACUGGAGCAGCUUGGUGACACAAUACAACCACCAUGCCCAUAUAUUGAUGAGCUUCUUCGAGAUGUUCCUGGCUCUAAUGGUAUAAUUGGAUGCCCUUUGCUACUCAUUCAGGUGACCCGUUUGACAUGCGGAGGAUUCAUCUUUGCGGUACGACUAAACCACACUAUCAGUGAUUCACUUGGAUUGGUGCAAUUCCUCAACACUGUUGCAGAGAUUGCAAGGGGUUCAUGUGUACCAUCGAAACAACCGGUAUGGCAAAGACAUAUCUUAAAUGCACGAGACCCACCAAGAAUUACUUGUAUACAUCACGAGUACGAGAUGGUGAAUAACAACAAAAGCACAACAAUAAUAGAGAACAGCAACAUGGUCCAUUGCUCUUUCUUUUUUGGUCCAAAAGAGAUGAGAUCGAUACGGAAGCAUCUUCCGCCACAACUUCAGACAUGCUCUACCUUUGAGACACUCUCUGCUUUUUUAUGGAAAUGCCGCACGAUCGCGCUUGAGUUUGAUCCAAAUGAUGUUGUUCGUUUAUCAUGCUUUAUCAAUUUGCGUGGUAAGCAACGCAUGAAAUUGCAAGUGCCUAAUGGAUAUUAUGGGAAUGCAUUUGCAUUCCCGACUGUACUUUCCAAGGCUGAAUUACUAUGUAAAAAUCCAUUAGGAUAUGCACUAGAGUUGGUCAAAAAGACAAAGGCAGAAAUGAGCGAAGAGUACAUAAGGUCAGUGGCGGAUCUUAUGGUGAUCAAAGGACGUCCUCCUUAUAUAACAGCUGGGAACUUUCUUGUUGCUGAUACAACACAAGUUGGGUUUUCAGGGAUCGAUUUUGGGUGGGGGAAGCCAGUUUAUGGGGGUCCUAGCGGGGCCAUACCAUUUGUUAGCUUCUAUGCAAGGUUCAAAAACAACAAAGGUGAAGAUGGGGUUGUAGUACCAAUACGGUUGCCUCUCCCUGCAAUGGAAAGGUUUCAACUAGAGUUGUUGAAGAUAACUCAGGAGCCAGUUGAUCAAUCCUAUGGCAUAAUGCCAACAAAAAUUACGUCCAUGCUCUAAAGUGACAUGAGUAUUGUUAGGUUUUAAAUUGUUUAGCUAAAUUCCGAUAUCAAAAUAAAAUGUUUUAAAGGUUGUAAUUGUUGGGAAAAUGGUUUUUCCCAAGUGUUUGGUGGCUAUUUUUAAGCCAAAUUAAAUGUGAGACUCUCGUGUCCUUUAAGGUGGAUCUAAAACAGGAUGUGUUCUCCU